AAAAACAAUCAAAAUGGCAUAGAUUCAUGACGAUGCCACAAUGCAUUCACAAUAAGAUUUCUGUAGGCAAGAUUGUUUGGUUCACGAAAUUCAUUUUAAACGAUCGAGAUAUAAUUGCAACACGGCGGAAACCUUAUCUGGAAGAUUUGUUUAUGUAUCGUGUACAUAUAAUUGUUGUAAAUAUUAAG